CAAAGAAGGAGACUCAAUUGUCUCUAGAGCUUUGUUAACCUCCGUUCGUCGUUUUUCUCUCUGUCUUCCACUGCAAGAAAAUCCCACAAGAUGAUAUUUUCUUUAAGCAAACUGAUAGAUUGAUUCAUUGCGUACUGCUUGGAGCUUUGGUCCUUACUUGCAAAAUCAUGAUUGACCCAGAGCUUAUCUUUCUAUCGUCUCUUGGAAAAAGGAGUCAUUUUUACAAUAAGAAGCUACUUAAAGUGUGUUUGUUGCAAAUGGGUUGCAUUCUUUUCGCCUACAUCCACUCAUUGGUUAGCUUAUAAAAGCCUUUCAAUUUGAUGUAUGCGGUCCUUUGAUAUUUAUUUGUCACGCAGAGAUCAAUUUGUCUACCAAGUUCAGAAGUGCAUUCCUAGAAAAUGGAAACAAACUGUCAAACAAGCAGAAAUGCAAAGCACCCAUCUUGCCAAUUCUCAUAAUCAAGGAGGGCUAUUACAGGCAACAUCCACCACAAGUGUUGUCUUUAUGACAGAUUCUCUUUUCCAAUCUCUCAAGAACUUUGCAGAUCAAGGGAAUUUAACCAAAGCUGUAAGGGUCUACUCUGUCAUCCAUAAACACGCAGCUGCUUCUCUUUCGUCAAGUGAAUUUGUUUUGCAAUCUCUGUCUUGCCUUCUUCUGUGUUGCAUCAACCUAAGGGCAUUUCAACAGGGUAAGCAACUUCAUGCCUAUGUUAUCUCAUUAGGUCUUCAACAAGAUCCUAAACUGGUUCCUAAGCUAAUUACAUUCUAUUCAUCAUUUGGCCUUCUCUUGGAUGCCCAUGUAAUAACCAAAACUUCAAACAUCUUGCAUCCAUUGCCUUGGAACUUGCUCAUUUCUUCUUAUGUUAGACAUGGGCUUUAUAGGAAUGUUUUUUCUGCAUAUAGUGAGAUGAUUAAGAAGGGAGUUAGGCCUGACAAUUUCACUUACCCAUCUCUUCUCAAGGCUUGUGCAGGAGAAGAGAAUAUUAAGCUAGGAAGAGUGCUUCACAGAACCAUCAUCAAAUCAAGGUAUCUUGAUUGGUGCUUAUAUGUGCAAAAUGCAUUGGUUUCUAUGUACGGGAGGUGUGGGGAUAUAUAUUCUGCCCGUGUUCUAUUCGAUAAAAUGCUUGACAGGGACGCUGUUUCAUGGAACUCUAUCAUUUCUGCAUAUGCAUCCAAUGGCAUGUGGGCAGAAGCUUUUGAGCUUUUUCAAGGUAUGAGACUGGAUGGCGUCGAGAUAAAUAUGAUCACUUGGAACACAAUAAUUGGAGGGCGCCUAAGGAUAGGCGACUAUGGAGGGGCACUUGAGUGUCUCUCCGAGAUGAGAAAAUGUGUAUUGCAUUUAGACGAUGUUUCUCUUUGUAUAGGUUUGAGUGCAUGCUCUCAUAUUGGUUUGAGAGCACUAACUUUGGGGAAAGAAAUCCAUGCUAUAGCUAUUCGCAGCAGUCUUAGUGAGGCUGAUAAUGUUAAAAAUGCUCUAGUCACUAUGUACUCCAAGAGCAAGGAACUGAAUCAGGCAUAUAUGCUGUUUGAAUCAGUUGAAGUUAAAGAUAUCAUUUCUUGGAACUCCAUCAUUUCUGGUUAUGCGCAUUGGGAAUACUCUGAAAAAGCAUCCUUUCUGCUCAGGGAAAUGUUUCUUUCUGGCAUGAAACCUAAUUAUAUAACACUUGUAAGCAUUAUUUCACUAUGUGGUCGGGUAGCUAAUCUGCAACACGGGAAGGAAAUUCAUUGUUACAUCACAAGGCGUGUAUGGUUCAAAGAUGAUUUAUUAUUGCUUGGGAAUGCACUUAUUGAUAUGUAUGCAAGGUCAGGAAAAGUUGUUCUAGCAAGACAGUUAUUUGAUUUGUCGAGCCAAAGGAAUGUAGUGACUUACACCUCAUUAAUAACUGGUUAUGGGAUACAAGGAGAGGGACAAACUGCUCUAGGACUAUUUGAUGAGAUGAUCAAGUUUCAGAUAAAACCAGAUCAUGUAACUAUGGUUGCUGUUUUGUCUGCUUGUAGUCAUUCUUGUCUUAUUAUCCAAGGAGAAAGGUUAUUCAGUAAGAUGGAAAGUGUAUAUGGUAUAACACCUUGUUUUGAGCAUUUUUCUUGCAUGGUUGACCUCUAUGGGAGGGCUGGCUUACUAAAGAAAGCUAAAGCAAUCAUAAUGAAGAUGCCUUAUAAGCCAACAGCAGCAGUGUGGGCCACUCUCAUAAAUGUAUGUCGAAUACAUGGAAAUACAGAGAUUGGAGAAUGGGCUUCGGAAAGGUUACUGGAAAUGCAACCAAACAAUGCAGGAUAUUAUGUCAUGAUUGCUAACACGUAUGCUGCUGCCGGUAGCUGGGACAAACUAGCUAAAGUGAGGACCAUUAUGAGAGAUCUUGGUGUAAGGAAGCCCCCUGGCUGUGCUUGGGUCAAUGUAGGGGCUGGGUCUUUUCCCUUUUUGGUAGAGGACAUGACAAAUCCUGAAGGGAUAAGAGUUCAUCCUGUUUUAGGUGAAUUGACAAAGCAAAUAAAAGAUGUUGGUUAUUUCAUGGAGAACAUGAACAUAAAUGAUGAAUAUGCAGAAGAAAGAAGGAUUUCCUGCUAAAUUCAUCUCCCAGGUCCAUUUAUGGAACUGCAUGCAUGUUUAGAUUCCCUCCGGCAUUGCACUGCUCUGAACGAGAGAAGAGUGGGGGAUCAUGGCACUUGAAGUAGUUAG